AUGGAGGGCGCCCACAUCAAAACCGGCGAUGAAGUUUGCCGCUUUUUUGACACCGGAGCAGAUGGUUUGACGGAAGAUCAAGUUGAUAAAUUGAGAGAGAAAUAUGGCUACAAUGAAUUGCCCGCUGAGGAAGGAAAAACCUUAUGGGAAUUGAUUGUUGAACAAUUUGAAGAUCUUCUUGUCAGGAUUUUGCUGCUUGCCGCUAUCAUUUCUUUUGUUCUCGCUCUUUUUGAAGAACAUGAAGAUCAAGCAUCCGCGGUCACCGCUUUUGUCGAACCCUUUGUGAUUUUGUUGAUUCUGAUUGCCAAUGCCACUGUCGGAGUUUGGCAGGAAAGGAAUGCUGAAUCUGCGAUUGAAGCUUUGAAAGAAUAUGAACCGGAAAUGGCCAAAGUUGUGCGAUCAGGCAAACACGGAAUUCAAAUGAUUCGAGCAAGAGACCUUGUGCCAGGAGAUCUUUGUGAAGUUUCAGUUGGUGACAAAAUCCCAGCCGAUCUUCGCCUCAUCAAGAUUUAUUCUACAACCAUCCGAAUUGAUCAGUCAAUCCUCACUGGAGAGUCAGUUUCCGUCAUCAAGCACACUGAUGCCGUUCCCGAUCCUCGAGCUGUCAACCAAGACAAGAAGAACUGUAUUUUCUCUGGAACCAAUGUUGCUUCUGGAAAGGCCCGUGGAAUCGUCUUUGGAACUGGAUUGAGCACUGAAAUCGGAAAAAUUCGUACCGAGAUGUCAGAAACCGAAUCGGACAAGACUCCACUUCAGCAAAAACUUGACGAAUUCGGAGAGCAACUUUCAAAAGUUAUCUCGAUUAUUUGUAUCGCUGUGUGGGCUAUCAACAUCGGACACUUCAACGACCCUGCUCAUGGUGGCUCAUGGAUCAAGGGAGCUAUUUACUAUUUCAAGAUCGCCGUUGCUCUUGCCGUCGCUGCUAUCCCUGAAGGUCUUCCUGCUGUCAUCACCACUUGCUUGGCUCUUGGAACUCGUCGUAUGGCCAAGAAGAACGCCAUUGUCCGCUCGCUUCCCUCCGUGGAGACCCUUGGUUGCACAUCAGUGAUUUGCUCUGACAAGACCGGAACUCUUACCACCAACCAAAUGUCCGUCUCAAAGAUGUUUGUUGUUGCUCAAGCUGGUGGAGACAACAUCAGCUUCUCCGAGUUCACCAUCUCUGGAUCUACCUAUGAGCCAUCUGGAAAAGUGUUCAACAACGGUCGCGAAGUGAACUGCUCCGGUGGUGAAUAUGAGGCACUUACCGAGCUCGCUACCAUCUGCUCGAUGUGCAACGACUCAGCUGUUGACUACAAUGAGACAAAACGAAUCUAUGAGAAAGUUGGAGAAGCCACUGAGACCGCUCUUGUUGUGUUGGCUGAAAAGAUGAAUGUCUAUGGAACCAGCAAGCAAGGCCUUAGCCCUCGCGAUCUUGGAAACGUCUGCAACCGUGUGAUUCAACAAAAAUGGCGAAAGGAAUUCACUCUCGAAUUCUCUCGUGACCGCAAAUCGAUGUCUGCUUACUGUAUUCCUUCAAGCGGUGGCACCGGAGCAAAGAUGUUUGUGAAAGGAGCUCCAGAAGGUGUUCUUGGUCGUUGCACUCACGUUCGUGUCAAUGGGCAAAAGGUCCCAAUGACCCCAAGUAUGAUGCAGAAGAUUGUCGAUCAAUGCAUUCAAUAUGGAACAGGACGUGAUACUCUUCGUUGUUUGGCUCUUGGAACGAUUGAUGCCCCGAUUGAUUCUUCUCAAAUGAACCUUGAGGAUGCCACCCAAUUUGGCAAAUACGAGCGUGAAAUCACCUUUGUUGGUGUUGUUGGAAUGCUUGAUCCUCCAAGAACUGAGGUUAUGGAUUCAAUCAAGAACUGCCGACAUGCCGGAAUUCGUGUCAUCAUGAUCACUGGAGACAACAAGAACACGGCUGAAGCUAUUGGACGUAGAAUUGGUCUUUUCGGAGAGGAUGAGGACAUCACUGGAAAAUCUUUUACUGGACGCGAAUUUGAUGACUUGCCACCAGAGCAACAAUCCGAUGCUUGCCGUCGUGCCAAACUCUUCGCUCGUGUCGAACCUGCUCACAAAUCAAAGAUCGUCGAGUUCUUGCAAAGCCAUGGAGAAAUCACUGCCAUGACCGGAGACGGUGUCAACGAUGCCCCUGCUCUCAAGAAAUCCGAAAUUGGAAUUGCUAUGGGAUCUGGAACUGCCGUCGCCAAGUCCGCUUCUGAAAUGGUUUUGGCUGAUGACAACUUCGCCACCAUUGUUUCAGCUGUUGAGGAAGGACGUGCUAUUUACAACAACAUGAAACAAUUCAUCCGUUAUUUGAUUUCCUCCAAUGUCGGAGAGGUCGUUUCUAUCUUCAUGGUUGCUGCACUUGGAAUUCCUGAGGCUUUGAUCCCCGUCCAGCUCCUCUGGGUUAACCUUGUGACUGAUGGUUUGCCCGCGACAGCUCUUGGUUUCAAUCCUCCCGAUCUUGAUAUCAUGGACAGGCCACCACGUUCAGCUCAAGAAGGAUUGAUCUCUAAAUGGCUCUUCUUCCGUUAUCUUGCUGUUGGAACAUAUGUCGGUAUUGCUACUGUUGGAGCUUCCGUGUGGUGGUUCUUGUUGUACGAAGAUGGGCCACAAAUCUCCUACUAUCAAGUUACUCACUGGAUGCGCUGUGAGAUUGAGCCUGAGAACUUCCAAGACUUGGACUGUGCUGUUUUCGAAGAUAAUCACCCAAAUGCCAUGGCAUUGUCUGUGCUUGUCACCAUCGAGAUGCUCAACGCUAUUAACUCGUUGUCGGAAAAUCAAUCUAUUCUUGUGAUGCCACCUUGGACAAACAUUUGGCUGUGUGGAGCAAUCGCCCUUUCGAUGUCUCUUCACUUUGUUAUCCUCUACGUUGAUAUCCUUGCUACCAUCUUCCAGAUCACACCUUUGAACUUGGUUGAGUGGCUGGCCGUGCUGAAGAUUUCGGUGCCGGUUUUGCUGCUCGAUGAGAUUCUCAAGUUCAUUGCUCGUAACUACAUUGAUGUGAUGACAAAGGACAAGAAUGAC